GCCACCUCUCUCCCCAGUCUCCACGAUCUGCUGCACUUUCUCACUCUAACUACGUCUCCAGAAUUGCAAUGAAGCAAGUUUCCCAGAUCUCGCUACCCACCCUUCUCUGCGGAGAAGAUGAAUCCUGUUUCGACAAUUUCAACGACGAAUGUUUCAAUAUCAAUUGCAAUUUCUCCCCCGUCUCCGAAUUUGAUUCUGAAUACAUCCAAAUGUUAAUCCGAAAGGAAACCAUCUUCCAAUCGAAAUAUUCAGCAGAAAUCGAAGGAAUCUGGUGGAAGCGCCGAGAUGCCGUCGAAUGGAUUCUCGAUAGAACGGUUCAUUUCGGAUAUAAUUGCCGCACGGCCUAUCUCUCGCUGUUUUACUUGGAUCGAUUCCUUUCCAGAAGAUCAGUAGAUGAGGAGAAGCCAUGGGCUAUGCGAUUGCUCUCGAUUGCGUGUUUGUCUCUGGCUGCAAAACUGGAGGAACGCGAAGCGCGAUCGUUGUCCGAGUACGAUUCAGAUGGAUACAGCUUCGGUGGAGGCGUGAUUCAGAGGAUGGAGUUGCUAGUGUUAAAUACACUGGAAUGGAAGAUGAGCUGCAUCACUCCAUUCACUUAUCUCAGCUAUUUUGCCACUCUGUUCUCCUCUGAAUUUAGGCUAAAUCGAGCUGUCGAAUUGAUCUUGUCAAUAAUGGCAGAGAUAAACGUGACAGAUCAUCGGCCAUCCGUCGUUGCUGCUGCAGCAGUGUUAGCAGCUUGCAAUGAUCAUCAUUUGACGAACGAAACGCUUGAGAUCAAGAUUGAUGCUGUUCCAUCAUGGGGGCCAGAGGAAAAACAGGAACACACACUCUUCUGCUACAGUCUGCUGCAACAAACUGUGAUGUCGAAGUUCGAUGACGAUGAUUGGAUGAGGGGAUCCAGCAGGAAAAGGAGAUUGACAUUCAUUGGUGGUGAUCAAGAUUGCCCACAGCCUAAGACUCCUAAACAAUGAUUUUCACUACAUCUUGAUUAAGUUAAUGAUGUUGGAAGUUGGAAGUUUUGCAAUAAGAGAAGUGUAUGAAUGCAAAGUAUGUAUACCUUUGAGAGAUUAGCCCACACAAAUGAUGAGUGGGAGCCUAAGAGAAUGUCCAAAGCUUCUUUGGAUGAUCACUUUUUGUACUAUUGUAUUUGGGUGUGCAUUUUUGUCCUUUGAGAGUUGUUGUUUAUUUGGAAA